UCGAACAGGAAGGGUGCAUUUGUAAGCAAAUAGUUUGCUCGGAGUUGUGUUUCAGGGUUUAUUUGUGGAUUUUGGUAUACUUACUAUACGUUAAGACACGUUUGGGAGCUGUUCUUUUUAGCUAAAAAAGAAGUUAUUCUAAUGGCGUUGCGAGUAAAUAGGAAUGUUCAUAUUGAUGCAGAGAAUGUUGUACUCCCAGGAAAGAAUGCAGUCACAAAGCUUGGCUGUAGACCCAGGACUGCUCUGGGUGACAUUGGAAAUAAAGUGGCUGUGCCUAAAGUGACCUUGAAAAAGGGAGUAGAACCUGCAGCUGAAGUAAAACACGUUCAAAGGAAAACUAGCAAGUCUGAUGCAGUACCUGAAAAAAUAGAAGUGAAGCAAAAAAAGGAAGUUAAGUUGCAGGUACCUGCAGCUCAAAGCCCUAUGGAAAUAUCUUGUAUAGUUGAGGAGGAACUGUGCCAAGCUUUUUCAGAUGUGCUGCUUCAAGUUAAAGAUGUUGAUGCAGAUGAUGCUGGAAAUACAAUGCUAUGCAGUGAAUAUGUGAAGGAAAUUUAUGAUUACUUGCGGCAGCUUGAGGCAGAACAGCCAAUUAAGCCACAUUACUUGGAUGGGCAGGAAAUCACCGGAGGCAUGCGUGCAAUCUUGGUAGACUGGCUGGUGUUGGUUCAGACAAAGUUCAGAUUGCUUCAGGAGACCAUGUACAUGACUGUUGCCAUCAUAGAUCGAUAUCUUCAGAUUCAUCCAGUACCAAAACGAACACUUCAGCUGGUUGGUGUAACAGCCAUGUUUAUUGCAUCAAAAUAUGAAGAGAUGUACCCACCAGAAAUAGAGGACUUUACCACAGUCACUGAUAAUACAUAUACGAAGGCACAGGUGAGGGAAAUGGAAAGGAGGAUUCUUCAGGAACUUGACUUUAAUCUUAGCAGACCACUUCCACUACACUUCUUGAGGAGGGCUUCCAAGAUUGGAGAGGUAAACAGCGAACAGCAUACCUUGUCAAAAUAUUUAAUGGAGCUGGCCAUGGUGGAUUACGAUAUGGUACACUUUCCCCCUUCUGCAGUAGCAGCAGCUGCUUUUCGCUUGGCACAGAAGGUCUUCAGUGCUGGUGACUGGACACCUACUCUGCAGCACUACACACAUUACACGGAGUGUGAUCUGGUGCCAAUUAUGCAGCACAUGGCCAAGAAUGUUGUAAAAGUAAAUGAAGGUCUCAGCAAGCAAACUACUGUAAAGAACAAGUAUGCAAGCAGCAAACAAUCCAAGAUCAGUACCAUUCCACAGCUGAAGUCUGCAGCUAUUAAAGAACUGGCAAAGCCUUUCGUGUCCCAAAAGUGACUUUAUCCAUUUUACUCUUGUAAAUGACUAUUUAAAUUGGCACCAUGUGCUAUUUGUAUAUAGAACUUUUAUGUGUGCAUAAUGUUUCAUUUUAAAUAAAGAAUGUUUUAAAUUAA